AUGAAGGCAUUCAUUAUCUUAGCGUGGACUGGACUGCUUUGUGCUGGUGCAACAUGGGCCUUACCAAGCGGGGCGCCUACGUGCGAUUCUGCGAACCCCACCAACCAAUUCAAGUCAAAACAUGGCAACAAAAACACUUUAACAUUGAGUAUUGCUCCCAGCACUCAAGGAUAUACGCCUGGUCAGCCCAUGACUCUUACUCUCUCUGGAGGGAACGUUGGAGGAGUAAUAUUUGGAGUUCAAGAUGCCAACAAGAAAUUUGUUAGUGGACUUUCUGUUCCAGCUGGGGUUUCCAUGAAGAUGUGCACUAACGGAGUCGGGGCUGGUAUGACCGUUACCCAUAGUGCGUUGAAUCAAGUUUCGUCAGUUACCUUUCCGUUCACUCCUCCUGCCGGUGCUACAGGCCCUUUGAGUGUAUCUGCACUUGUAUCGACUGGUUCAAUUAAUACUGCUUGGGGCCAAGCUACUUUAUCCCUUGCUGCAGCUGGCGGAGGACGCGGCAAUUCAACCGGAAAUUCAACAGUACCGGCUGGGAAUGGUAAGAACAGUCCAGCACCCGUCGAUGGAGCAAAAGUCAGCCCUGUUGCUGCUAAACCGGUUCAACCUGCUGCUACCAAGCUUGCUGCUACGAAAGCUGCCAAGGCAGUAAAAACCACUGCUCCCAAAGCUACUCAAGCAGCCAAGAACAAGGCAAGUUGUUUCUGUCUUAAGAACAACAAUCUGAAGGAUAAGAUUGAAGCCAAAGAGGCCGAGAUUAAGGCCAAGUUGGGUAUCAACUGA